UUUGCUUUUGCCCCUCCCGCUUAUCUAUUUACGCGUUACUGCGAUACGUCACGUUCUCUUAUUUCUAAACUUCAAUGUCAUGUUCCUUGUAUUAAAUUUGAUCGAACAAUUUAAUUAUCGGUUUCGGAAGUCUGUGUCCAUUUUUGAAACAUGCAUGCCUUGUACCGACUUUAUUAAUUUUUUUUAUGUAGUUGAUAAAUAUUGUAUUUAUACGUUCUGUCGAAACAUCAAUAAUACCUUAUAGUGAAUAUGUUUCCUCAUUUAUGAAAUAUAUGCAUAUAAAAGUAUAAUAGAUAUCACAAUGUCAUUGUGGGCAAAAGCACAGCAAUUGCCACAAGAUGCAUUGCAGCAAGUGCGUUCAGUGUACGGAGAACACUUCCCAAUUGAGGUUCGACAUUUUUUGUCUUCUUGGAUAGAAGAAAAAAUGUGGACUGACAUAGAACCUGAUAAUCCACAGUAUGAACAGUACACUGCUAAUCUUGUUAGAUCUUUAAUACAAGAGUUAGAAACAAAAGCAGCUUCGUUGAAUACAGAUGAUAUGUUUCUGACGAAAAUUAAGUUGAUGGAAGUUGCCAAAAGUUUUCGUCAAAGAUAUUCUCAUAAUCCAGCAGCACUAUUUAGAAUAAUUAGACAUUGUCUAGGCACAGAAAUGAAAUUAGUAGCUCAAUUGGAGAAUUUAGGUGGUGCUUUAAUGACAAUGGCAGGCGGAAAAGUAGGACUGAUUAGUGACGCGGUUGCUGAAAUAGCACAGCACGUUGAAUCAUUGCGGCACAGAACACAGGAAACUGGAGAAGAUUUACGGAAAAUGGAACAAGAACAAGAAGCAUUUGCAAUUAGUUACCAUGAAUGCACUAAAUUAAAUGCACAUCUUCAACAUCUUGCAACACAGCCACAAAACCAACCAAACUUAGAUUUGGAAAAAAAGAUUAGAAGACAAAAGGAACAACAAGAGCAAUUAUUGAAUCAUAAGAUAGCUGGCUUGAUGCAAUUACGGUUGACAUUAGCAGAUAAACUAAAGGACACUAUUACAAGAUUGAAUAGUUUACAAUCCAGAGUUUUAGAUGAUGAACUUAUUAGGUGGAAAAGGGAUCAACAAUUAGCAGGAAAUGGUGCACCAUUUAAUAGUAAUUUAGAUUCAAUUCAAGAAUGGUGUGAAAGUCUAGCAGAAUUAAUAUGGCUUAACCGUCAACAGAUUAAAGAAGCAGAACAUCUGAAACAAAAGUUUGCAUUGGAACCACCUGGCAUGCAAGAUAUUCUUCCUACAUUAAAUUCACAGAUUACCCAACUUCUCAGCUCAUUAGUUACAAGUACAUUUAUUAUAGAGAAGCAACCACCACAAGUGAUGAAGACCAAUACUCGUUUUACGAGUACGGUGCGUCUACUUGUAGGUGGAAAAUUGAAUGUUCACAUGACUCCUCCACAAGUAAAAGUGAGCAUUAUUAGUGAAGCUCAAGCAAAUGCUUUAUUAAAGAGCGAUAAAAUGGCAAAAAAUGGAGAGGCUAGUGGUGAAAUUUUAAACAACACAGGAACAAUGGAAUACCAUCAGGCCACAAGACAGCUAUCUGUAAGCUUUCGUAAUAUGCAGCUAAAAAAAAUAAAAAGGGCGGAGAAAAAGGGAACUGAAUCUGUGAUGGAUGAAAAAUUCUCGCUUCUUUUUCAAUCACAAUUUAGCGUUGGAGGUGGUGAAUUAGUAUUUCAGGUUUGGACAUUGAGCUUGCCAGUUGUAGUAAUUGUACAUGGAAACCAAGAACCACACGCCUGGGCUACGGUUACAUGGGAUAACGCAUUCGCUGAACCAGGAAGAGUACCAUUCGCAGUACCUGACAAAGUCCCAUGGGGUCAAGUAGCCGAAGCAUUAAACGUUAAAUUUAGAUCAGCAACCGGUCGUUCAUUAACAGAAGAUAAUCUCCGGUUUCUUGCGGAAAAAGCAUUUCGUGGUGGAAUUGCUAAUGGACAAGAUUAUUCUAGUUUACUCUUAAGUUGGGCCCAAUUUUGUAAAGAACCAUUACCUGAGAGAAACUUUACAUUUUGGGAAUGGUUCUAUGCCGUUAUGAAAUUAACUAGAGAACACUUGAGAGGACCUUGGAUCGAUGGUUACAUAUUAGGAUUCGUAAGAAAGAAGCAAGCAGAGGAAAUGUUAGCAAAUUGUGCAUCAGGAACGUUCCUAAUGCGGUUCUCAGACUCUGAACUCGGUGGAGUUACCAUCGCUUGGGUUGGAGAUCAAACGGAAGUCUUUAUGUUACAACCCUUCACAAGCAAAGACUUUGCAAUUCGCAGUUUAGCAGACCGUGUAUCAGAUUUACAACAUUUACUUUACCUUUAUCCGGAUUUAUCAAAAGAUCAAGCAUUUUCCAAAUAUUAUACACCAUUUACAGAAAAUCAAUCUACGUCGACAAAUGGAUAUGUAAAACCUUUGUUAGUAACGCACGUACCUGGUUGGGGUGGACCGGGUGUUGGUGGUCAAACACCAUCGCAUUCUUCUGUUGUCGGGGUAGGGAGUAGUGGUCAAAGUGGUCCGGGUGGUAGUUAUCCUGCAACCCCAUCAACUAUGUUUCAAGCGCACAGUCCUGAUCCGUCCGUAACACGCGACACUCCAUCGGUGGCUUCCAGCUACGCUCCGGGCCUUGGCCAGUCAAGCGUUGGGCGAACAAAUGCGGACAUGGACUAUGUGGAGCUGAUGGGUCACGGCGAGCUGCCCUCGAUCGACGAAAAUCUCAACUUGGACCACUUUAAUGGCUUUAGCUUCUCCGAGUUCAUACAAUCGUACAACGCUAAGCCGCAAUAGGUAUGUCAGGCGCGAUAUAUUUCUCUUGUACCUACGUGUCGAUUAAACGUCUCUUAACAUCACUUUCAUCUACUUUUUAUAUUGUACGUAUGUUAUUCGGCGGACGUAAUCCGUGUUUUAGAUUGCUGUUUUUAAGAGGGGAGGGAUGUAAAAAUGGUCUAAUCGUCUUCAACGUUAUCGUUUUAUCCUUUUAACAGAGCAUUACAUAUCUUCAAUUAUACCGCAUAAGUGCAAUAUAUCUAGAGAAAGUUAUCUUAGUACCUUUUAUGGAUGAUCGAAUUUUAAAAUUGCUGUUUACGCAUUAAUGUUAUCCGGUUGCAUAUUUUAUAUACGGGUACGUGUAACAUUAAGCAUCGUCUUACGAAGAGCUUAAAACAGGUUGUUUAUCUUUGUUUAAAUAUAAUAAUUCAUAUAUGAUAGUUCUUUUAAACGUUUAAAUCGAAUCGACUACUUCAAGCUAUUAUUUCGAGUUGAUAAUCGACGUCUAAAAUUUAUCUUCUUGUUUUCAUUCUUGAAUCCCGUGGAAUGCGUUGACCCCUCUGACUCAACAUUGUCGAUAGAAAUUUCGUUGUAAAAGAAUUUUCAUAAUUUGCGCUCAAAUUGAUUAAUAUUUGAAUAAGUUGCAUAACAAGUUUUUAGAGAAAAGUUUGAAUGACUAGUCGCGAAGAUUAAAUGUGAAAGAAUGUGCAGUACUAAUUAAUGAAAAUCCGAGCUGUGAAAGCCUUAAGAACCUUUUCAACCUUGCAUAGUAUCUAUCAGAUCAUGUUCUAGUUUUAAAUAUAUAUAUAUAUUAUAUAUAUUACAUAUAUUAUAAAGCGCUAUGUUAUAACACUUUUAUGGAAUAUAUAAUUUUAGAUUUUUGUUUUCCUUUCCUUUCUGUCAUGCCGAGUUUAUACGUUUAAAUCGUUGCAUUUCGUUAAAAGGAAAAAGAACAAAAAAUUAAUGUUUGAUACGAAAUAUAAAUAUUGAAUGUGUUGAGAUGCGUGUGAGUACAAAUAUGAAAAAGCACAUAUAAACAAGUUAACUAAAAUAAAGAAGCUAAUUAAUUUUUA